AGUACCUCUGUCUUGUAAAUCUGGCAGUGUGCGCGCGGUGGUGAAAGGUGCUUUAACGAAUUAUUGAGUUGAGCGAAGUGCGGCCAUCAUGACCGCCUACACGCGAGUAUUUAUUUUUUGUGCCAUAUUUGUGAAUGUAAAUAGCCAGAAAGAAAAAGAAGCGGUUGAAUUCGUUUGUCCCGAAGGUACUACAGGCAACGGUAAUUUCGCUGAUCCCGCCACUUGUCGCCGGUUCUACCAAUGUGUAGAUGGAUAUCCUUACUUGAACAGAUGUCCAUCUGGCUUAUACUUUGACGACAUCAGUAAAUACUGUACGUUUAAAGUGGAAGCAAGAUGUGGUCCAAUACCAACAACACCAGCUCCCAUAACAGAGACUCCAACAGACUUAGCGCUGAAGUGCGAUCCAGCGGAAUGUCAGCUUCCAUAUUGUUUUUGUUCGAAGGACGGCACUCUCAUACCGGGCGGUCUGGAUCCAGAGGACACGCCGCAAAUGAUAAUGCUCACAUUUGAUGGCGCCGUUAAUUUGAACAACUACGACUUAUACAAGAAAGUUUUUAAUGGGAAAUUACGUAAUCCAAACGACUGCCCAAUUCGGGGCACUUUCUUCUUAUCUCACGAGUACAGUAAUUACGCUAUGGUGCAGGCGCUCGCACACGAUGGUCACGAAAUAGCAACAGGCACGAUAUCCCAACAACAAGGUCUCCAAGACAAAGGCUACGAAGAGUGGGCCGGCGAGAUGAUCGGUAUGCGCGAGAUCCUACGAAAGUUCGCGAACGUUUCACGCUCUGAAAUCGUCGGGGCUCGCGCACCAUUCCUCAAGCCUGGACGUAACACUCAAUUCAAGGUAUUAGAAGAUUUUGGCUACAUCUACGACAGCUCGGUGGGCGUGCCGCCGCUGCCGAUUCCCGUGUGGCCCUACACGCUCGACUACAAAAUCGCGCACGAGUGCAAAUCUGGCACCUGCCCUACCAAGUCGUUCCCAGGUCUGUGGGAAGUUCCUUUCAACGCUCAUUAUGUAGAGACUUAUGAAGGUGGACAUUGUCCUUACUUGGAUCAGUGCGUUCUGCACAAUCACGAUGCCAAUGAGGUUUUCGAGUGGCUUCAAGAGGAUUUCACCAGGUACUACGACCAAAACCGAGCGCCAUAUAUGAUGCCUUUCCACACCAACUGGUUCCAAAUCAAGGAGCUCGAGCGAGGCUUACAUAAAUUCCUGCAGUGGGCGUCUAACUUGGAUGACGUUUGGUUUGUGACUGUAACACAAGCCCUGACUUGGAUAACUGACCCGCGGUCGCUAAAGGCCCUCAACAACUACGAGGCGUGGCGAUGUGACAAGAAGGAUCUACCACCAGCACCUUGUAACCUCUCCAAUAAGUGCGCGCUAUCCUUCAAACAUCCAGACACAAACUUUACUGAUACCCGUUAUAUGGAGACUUGCACUGAAUGCCCGAAUCAGUAUCCUUGGUUAGGUGACUCUGGUGGAACAGGCAUACCCGGAAAAGACAACUAUAUUCCUGACAAUUUAAAGAGAAAAUAAUAGUUAGUAAUACCGAUAAAAUUUUAAUUCGUAUUGAUGACAGGCAGAUAAUAAAACACAUGAUUAUUUUUUUUAUGAAUUUUAGUAUACAAACGACUUAAAGAUAGUCUUGGAGAAAUUAAAAUUUAAUUUUAUACUCUAAAACGCCUUCGUUAAAAAUAUAACAAUAAUAU